AUGGCGGACCAAAAAGCAGCGGUUCAGGCGGGAAGCCAGCUACUUCAAACCGAUUUCAACACAGCUGCCGGAAAAGUUCGACUUUCACCAGCCGCACACGCGGAAGACGUGGUUCACGAGAUGGCAACGCUACAGGGUAAUCACCGAGUUGCAUCUCCAUUCUCAAGAAAUGCAAGUAAACACGUUUACGCCAUGGGCCGCAAAGGGGAGGACGUUCUUUGUUCUUUGAAGCUGACGGAGGACGAAGGCAAGAACUAUGAAAAUGCCACCAUGUCGCAGUUGGGCAACUUUUUGUACGACGUCUUCUGGAGCGGCAACAUAACAACCAAGGGGGGCUACUACCACGCGCAGACUGUCAACGUGCCAGGUUCUGUUGUGUUGCUCACGGAGACUUGGCUCGACGUAGGUGUAGCAGACAGCGAACUUUUCGACACGAAUGCUUACACCGUGUUCCGGAAAGACAGCACAGUCCUAGUGGGCUGUGUCUACUACCCGCCGUCGAUACGGGAGGAGUCAUACAGGCUCCUGGAGGUAUCGUUACGGGCCGCUUCUCUCAGGAACUACGAGAACAUACUGGUAUUCGGCGACUUCAACUCGCACAUUGACUGGUUCACACACGAGGAGCCUGUUCCCCGCGAUCGUUCGGAUGACUUCUUACUCGACAUUGCGUCAUCAGCUGGCCUCACGCAGGCGUGCGCUGGAUCGACGUACUCAGCUCGCGACGGAACUUCCAGCUUUCUAGACCUUCUCUUCGUGGUAGACCCGACCCGAAUAGUUUCCUGUGAGACUUCUGAGGGACUGCCCGAUAGCGAUCACCUGGCGAUCGAGGUGACGUACGCCGCUGUGCUGCCACGUAGGGGGCACCAUGCACGCACACUAUGGAAGUUCGACCAGACCGACCACGGCCACCUAGCACGCCUGGCACACCUCGCACCUUGGUGCAUGACGACGACUGCCAAUGAACCCCUUGGUCAUUUCGAUCUGUGGUGCGACCUGGCGGGAGCAAUUCAGAAGGAGUACGUGCCCUUCCGCACCCGCUCCUCAGGACGAAAUUAUUGCCCAUGGAUCACCCCCGACAUAAUGAAGGCAGCGAGAAUAAAGAGGGGACUCUUCAGGAAGGCCUCCCGCUCCAACUGUCCCGUGGCUUUACACGCUGCAAAAGACCACCAGCGCGCUCUAAAGGCUGCCAUACAUGUCGCACACCAGCGCUACACCUCCACGAUAGCACAAAAAGCAAAGGACGACCUUAAGGUCUUCUGGUCGUACGUACGUCGCCUCAGAAGGCCUUGCCAACGUCCCAGCUUCUGCGCCAACGGAAGAAUGAUCGAUGCCCCCGGUGAGAUUGCUGCACUCUUCGCAGACCACUUCUCGUCUGUCUACAACACCGACGGACAGCGGCUGUCUGCGCAUUCCGCUGCUUUCGCACCAUCAUCAUCUGGCACCGACGCAUCGAGCCUGGAGGAGAUCACUUUCUCAACCGAAGCACUGAGCAUUGCGGUGUCCAAGAUCAAGCAUUCGCAAUGUCCUGGCCCAGACGGUGUGGCACCUGCCUUUUUCAAGAUGAUCAUGCAGCACACUUUGCCCUCGCUCGCCCGUGUGCUUCAGAGUCUUUUCGACGUGGGAGCUGUUCCUGCUUCCUGGCAACACGCCUUGGUUACCCCUAUCCACAAGGGAAAAGGAAAGCCUACAGACGACGUCACGCAUUAUCGACCGGUUUCAAUAACAUUGAUCAUCUGCCGCACAUUCGAACGCGUGGUGAACGGCCAACUUCUCGACUUCCUCGAGGGCACUGGCUACCUAUCGCAGUCACAGCAUGGUUGCAGACACAACCGUAACUGUGAGACGGCCCUGGCGACCCUGAGCCAUUUCGUAAGCAACUGCAUCGACAAUCGCACAGAGACAGAUCUCGUUUAG